GUAACCUCUUGCACGGACUCUUGACACUAGCUUGACGGAACGCCACUGCGACAGCUCUCGGUCCCCAAUUGUUUAACAAUUGACCCAGGAACAUCUGUGACUUUCCUUGUAGACACCGCUUUGUCAGUCCCCAGGAGCAAGCGAGGGCUGAGUAGAAUUUAGCCGGCUUUGGAAGGCGCUCAAGAAGCAACCAGGCCGCGUGGUGAAUGCAUACCCGCGUGCCGUUAGCCAUAGCGACGAAGCGUGCGUGACAGCGCAGCUUCAAGGAAAGGGCGAAGACCGUUUCGUGCCGGCUUUUCUCAAGCCAGACGGAGAGGGCGCCGAGCUUCUAAUUAAGCAGCCAGUGGAAUCAUGGGCGCCUGCUGCUCUCAGCCGAGCGAAAAGUAUGAGGUGCAAGGGCAGUCCAGUAAGCCCAAGCCCGCGACUGGCAGCGGCGCCAAGGCUGCCGCGAAGCAGCCCGCGACGCCAGACUUCGGCCUGCAGACCACGCAUGAGGUCAUCAAGUUGCUAGGUCGCGGUGGGGAGGGCGAGACCUGGCUGUGCCGCGACAAGGAGACCAAUGCGGAGGUCGCCAUCAAGCUUAUUAAGCGGCCAAUUCCCAAGCCGGCGAUUCAGGUUAUCAAGCGUGAAAUCAAAAUCCAGGCCGAUCUGGGGCAGGGCCACCUCAAUAUCGUCAGCGCCGACGAAGUUAUUCUGUCCAAGACAUACCUGGGGCUUAUCAUGGAGUACGUGCCAGGUGGCAACAUGGUGAGCUACGUGACUAAGAAGCGCGAAACCAAGAGCGAGCGCGCCGGGUUGUGUAUCGAUGAGGACGAGGCGCGGUACUUCUUCAUCCAGCUGGUGUCGGCGGUGGAGUACUGCCACAGAAACAACGUGGCGCACCGCGACCUGAAGCUGGACAACACGCUGCUGGACAACCACGUGCCCUCCUGGCUGAAGCUGUGCGACUUCGGCUUCGCCAAGCACUGGCAGGCCAACUCGAACAUGGACACCAUGCGCAUCGGCACGCCCGAGUACAUGGGCCCGGAGCUCAUCAGCAGCAGGACCGGCUAUGACGGCAAGAAGGUGGACGUGUGGGCGGCGGGCGUGCUGUUGUACGUGAUGCUGGUGGGCAUGUUCCCCUUCGAGACGCAGGACGACAACUUCAACAACACGGCCGGCCUGUACGACAUCUGGCUGCAGCAGAUCAAGACCAGCUGGCGCGAGGUGCCCAACAACACGUCGGCCGCCUCGCGCCUCACGCCCGAGCUGAAGGACCUGCUGGACAAGAUGUUCGACGUCAAGCAGGAGAGCCGCGCCAGCAUCGAGACCAUCAAGAACCACCCCUGGUUCAAGAAGCCGCUGCCGGAGCCGUACGAGAGCAGCCUGAAGGAGCUGCAGGAGGAGCAGCGAAGCAUUGACGAGCAGGUGUCCAAGGGCGCCUUCCAGAGCGCCGAGCGCGACAAGGCGCUGGAGGCGCUGCUCGACCGCGCGGUGACGCCCUCGCUGCCCAGCGAGGAGGUGACGCGCCUCAGCCUGUCGAAGAUCAAGCGCGCCUACAGCAUUCUGAAGGGCAAGGGUAACGCCGGCGCCGGCAUGGCGGCUGUGGUUGAGGAGGACUAAAGGCAGCAGCUUCAGUGGUGGCGGGAACAGCAGCAGCAGCAGCGGCUGGCGAACGCUCUGGCGCGAAGCGGAGAGGCGAGCGAGGCGGCUGGCGGGAUGAGCGAAUGCCGGCGGUGGCGCUUCCCAGUGCCGGGAUCGGGCCGCCGAGCUCUUGCAUGAUGGAUAAGCACGCGGAGGGCAGCUGGGCAUGCUGAAGAUGACAAGCAGCACCGACCUCUUGGGUCGCGGUGGGCGCGGUCUCCAGCCACACGGCAGGGCGGGCGCCCGGGGGCAGCACCGCGCAUCAUCCGCGCCGGUACUGCAGGGCGCGUCGCUUGGAGGUCGCGCCGCCGCAGGCCAUUCCCCCAAGUAUGUUUGCAGGGGGCUCACUGGGGGGCAUAUGUCGUGGGUCUGGGAACUUGCAAGGGGAUCUUCACACUGGAUUUACUGCAUGUGCACAUAGGGGGGUCAACGGAGCAUAGGGGCUAUCGAGCCCAGGAAAAGCAAACAACAGAACGUAGGGCAGGAAGUGUGUCCUCGUGCCCGUCACGUCGUGGGCAUUACGUCCAGGGGCACGCAGCUGGCCAUCUGUGUGUGCCUCGGAAAGACGUUCUGCGGUAGGAGGGAAUUCGAAUGGGCAGUCGGGUAGGAUGAUCAUGUGCGUUUGGAACAGAGCGGCCGCUAGCCAUGGGGCGAGGACGCGCGGAUUGUGCAGCACGGUUGAGGUCUUACGGCAGGGAACACGUGAGUGCGCACUGAACGUUAACAGUGUUGAGUAGGAGGUGAUGAGGUCGUAAGCAAGGAUGUGUAAGUACAUAAGGAA